AUGGACCUUCCAAACCCCGAGGUGCUCCCCGCCGGGCACUGCUACCCCUCCCUGGGAACGCGGGCCCUGGAGGCUGGCAUCAUGAGGUUCUCAGUGCCUCCCUCCAUCAGCAGGCACUCGGCCAUGGCGAGCGAACCCAGAGGGAACGGCGGCCCCAACCCCCGCUCGGAGGGCAGCGGCGGCGGCAUGGAGAGCUCCAAGGACAGCUCGAGAUGCUCCUCGCCCGGGCCGGACCCUGAGCGGCACGAGAGACUCCGGGAGAAAAUGAGGCGGAGGAUGGAGUCCGGGGACAAGUGGUUCUCUCUGGAAUUCUUCCCUCCGCGCACCGCACAGGCCGCUGUCAAUCUCAUCUCGAGGUUUGACCAGAUGGGGGCAGGUGGCCCCCUCUUCAUAGAUGUGACCUGGCACCCGGCAGGGGACCCCGGCUCGGACAAGGAGACCUCCUCCAUGACGAUCGCCAGCACAGCCGUCAACUACUGCGGCCUGGAGACCAUGCUGCACAUGACCUGCUGCCAGCAGAGCCAGGAGCAGAUCACCGGCCACCUGCACAAGGCCAGGCGGCUGGGCCUCAAGAACAUCCUGGCCCUGAGAGGAGACCCCGUCGGCGAGCAGUGGGAGGAGGAGGAAGGCUGUUUCCGCUACGCCACAGACCUGGUGAAGCUGAUCCGCAGCGAGUUUGGCGACUACUUCGACAUCUGUGUGGCCGGUUACCCCAAGGGCCACCCCGACGCGGAGAGCUUGGAGGACGACCUGGAGCACUUGAAGGAGAAGGUGGAUGCGGGGGCCGACUUCGUCAUCACCCAGCUUUUCUUCGAGGCGGACACGUUCUUCCACUUCCUCCAGGCCUGUUCCAGGGUGGGCGUCACCUGCCCCGUCCUCCCCGGCAUCUUCCCCAUUCAGGGCUACCACUCCCUGCGGCAGCUCGUGAAGCUGUCCAAGCUGGAGGUGCCGCAGAAGAUCAGGGACGUGAUCGAGCCCAUCAAGGACAACGACGAUGCCAUCUGCAACUACGGCAUCGACCAUGCCGUGAGCCUGUGCCAGGAGCUGCUGGCCAGCGGCCUGGUGCCCGGCCUGCACUUCUACACCCUCAACCGCAGGAUGGCCACCACCGAGGUGCUGAAGCGCCUGGGCAUGUGGGCCGAGGACCCCAGGCGCCCCCUGCCCUGGGCUGUCAGCGCCCACCCCAAGCGCCGGGAGGAAGACGUGCGUCCCAUCUUCUGGGCCUCCAGACCCAAGAGCUACAUCUACCGCACCCAGGACUGGGAUGAGUUCCCCAACGGCCGCUGGGGCCACUCCUCCUCGCCAGCCUUCGGGGAGCUGAAGGACUACUACCUCUUCUACCUGACCAGCAAGGCCCCGCGGGAGGAGCUGCUGAAGAUGUGGGGGGAGGAGCUGACCAGCGAAGAGAGCGUCUUUGAAGUCUUUGUCCACUACCUCUCGGGGGAGCCGAACCAGAGCGGCUGUCCAGUCACCUGCCUGCCCUGGAAUGACGAGCCCCUGGCGGCCGAGACCAGCCUGAUGAAGGAGGAGCUGCUGCGUGUGAACCGGCGGGGCAUCCUCACCAUCAACUCCCAGCCCAACAUCAACGGGAAGCCGUCCUCCGACCCGGUCGUGGGCUGGGGCCCCAGCGGGGGCUAUGUCUUCCAGAAGGCCUACUUGGAGUUCUUCACUUCCCGAGACACGGUGGGGGCACUGCUGCAGGUGCUGAAGAAGUACGAGCAGCGCGUUAACUACCACAUCGUGGACGUGAAGGGUGAAAACAUCACUAAUGCCCCCGAGCUGCAGCCCAACGCCGUCACCUGGGGCAUCUUCCCUGGGCGAGAGAUCAUCCAGCCCACGGUGGUGGACCCGGUCAGCUUCAUGUUCUGGAAGGACGAAGCCUUCGCCCUGUGGGUGGAGAAGUGGGGCAAGCUGUAUGCCGAGGAGUCCCCGUCCCGCAUGAUCAUCCAGCACAUCCACGACAACUACUUCCUCGUCAACCUGGUGGACAACGAGUUUCCGCUGGACAACUGCCUGUGGCAGGUGGUGGAGGACACGUUCCAACUGCUCCACAGACCCGGAACAAGGCGGGACAGGCUCCGGGACCCCGUGCCCUGA